UAUAGAUGAAGUUGCCCUGAAUGGUGACAGAAUGACCUGGGCCAACCAGACUGUGGUCACUGAGUUAAUUCUCCUAGGGUUCUCCAAUCUCCCCCAGCUCCAGUGCCUGCUCUUUGCGAUAUUCCUGGCUGCUUACGUGAUAACCCUAAUGGGUAACAUUCUCAUCAUCCUCAUCACAACAGCGGAUCCUGCUCUUCAUAGCCCGAUGUACUUCUUCCUCCGGAACUUGUCCUGCCUGGAGAUCUGUUUCACCUCAGUCAUCGUCCCUAAGCUGCUGGCGAACCUCCUGUCUGCCAAUCAAACCAUCUCCUUCCAUGGCUGCAUCUUGCAGAUGUAUUUCUUCUUCUUCUUUGGCAGCACAGAGUGCUUCCUCCUGGCCGCCAUGGCCUACGACCGCUAUGUGGCAAUAUGCAACCCCCUGCGCUAUACAGUUGUCAUGAACAGGAGGAUUUGCAUCCAGCUGGCAGUGACUUCAUGGGUCUCAGGGAUUCCUGUAGGAACAGUGCAGACGACUUGGCUGUUCAGUUUCCCCUUCUGUGGUCCCACUGAAAUCAACCACUUCUUCUGUGACAGCCCCCCAGUGUUGAAACUGGUGUGUGGGGACACCUACCUAUUUGAAAUGUAUGCUGUGACUGGCACCAUUGUAAUUGUAUUGUUCCCCUUCAUCCUCAUCCUGGUCUCCUACAUCUGCAUCAUCUCCACCAUCCUGAGGAUACCCUCAGCUGAAGGCAGACUCAAGACCUUCUCCACCUGCUCCUCUCACCUCAUGGUGGUGACUCUGUUCUACAGCACAGGUGGCUUGACCUAUUUCCGACCUAAAUCCAGCUACUCCCCAGACACCAAGAAGCUACUCUCUCUGUCCUACACAGUCUUCACACCCAUGUUAAACCCCAUCAUCUACAGUCUGAGGAACAAAGAGGUGAAGGGGGCCAUCAGGAAAAUGCUGGGCUGGCAAAUAUGUUCAAGGCAAUUUUGA